CGGCAGUAAGCGCCACUUUUGCCCUGAUUGCAGCAGAAAACGAAGAAGGGCAGCUUGUACACGGAAGCAGAGCGGGUUUUCACCAAACCUCCAACCUGUCGAACAGCAUUAGUCAGCGCGGAUUGAGCCGUGUAAGAAGAGCUGACAGACGAAACAGAUUCGUUUGGACAGGUUUACGAUACCUGACUGUGUGGACACGAUGAAGGCUGCGUUUCUGGCAUUUUCCAUAUUGCUGUACUGCUUCUUGGUCAUAGGAGCUCUAGAACAACAAAGUGAAGGACAAACGGACGGCGAAGCACCUGCUCAGACAGCUCCAGAAACAAUUCCUGACCCGGGUGAACCCCGCAGUUUGGCAAAUGACAUAGUCGACAACACAUCUGUUGCAAAAGAGAAUCAGGUGGUAAAAGCGAACAAAACUGGGGGCAGCACGGCUAAAUCUGCCAAUGAGACCACCCAGCAUUCAGGAGAAGCAGCCCAAAAUACACAAGCUCUUAAAGAGGAUAAAAAUGCCAGUGCAACAGUAAUUGAUUUAAAUAACAAAAAUAGAACCAUUGAAGAUGUGCUGAAAGGACCUACAACUCCUCCAGGCAACAAUUCUGGGAAGUCCAUCGCGGGAAAAGAUGGACACACUGAUGCAGAGCCAGAAAAUGAACCCAAGCCAGGAGGUUCUACAGAAAAUCAACAUGCUAGUGAUGCAAAUGGAGAAGAGAACCCCGACGAGGGAAAGUCAGAGCUAGAAACAGAGGCAGAGAUAGAAAUGAAAGGAGACGGCACCAGUAAGAUCGGAUCAGAGAGCAGUGAGGACGGGAUUGAAAACCCAAAAGAAGUGCAAACCAGAAACGGAGCAAGUGAGGUGAAAAUUCUGUACAACCCAUCUGGAAUACAGGAGGACGGGGAGGAAAGCAGUCAUUUCUUUGCUUACCUGGUCUCCGCUGCCGUACUGGUGGCAGUGCUUUACAUCACCUACCACAACAAGCGCAAGAUAAUCGCUUUUGUUUUGGAGGGGAAGAGAUCCAGAUCCACUCGUCGGCCUAAAUCCACUGACUACCAGAAGCUGGAGCAGCAAAUGUGAUUCCAGAUAGACACGGGAUCUCAAGCUAUUGCCUGGGCCGGCUGAAUGAACGGGUUCUUGGGGAGGAGGAGAGUAGAUCCUGGUGGGGGACAAGUUUUGGGUGUACAGCACAUUAAAUCCACCCUGCGUUUAAAAGGACAUUCUUUGGUUUUGUACCUUUUAGAUGUUAAUUGCAUGACUAUGCAGAUAACACUGUUGCCUUAUUGAGAAGAAGUAGUAACACGAGGGAGAGGUAAGCAUGCAGCCUUUGCACCUGUGUUUUUAUUCCACUUUCAAGGCGAUCUGUUCAUUUGGCCUGCUUCAGGUCCUGACUCAGGAUAUUUUCAUGUUCCUUUAGCGGUUUGGGAUCCAGUAUUGUUCAUAUGGCACAGAAAAGCCAUCUCUCAGCAUCAGAUGUUUGUGUAAAUGCUUGUUAAUUUAUGCAUAUUGUGUCCUGUAAAACAGUGUGUUCUGUAAAUUGAGUUGAUAGUUGUGUUAGUGUGUUGCUGGCUGUCUCUGCCCAGCUGUUCCUGUUUUGGUUGAAUCAUUUGAACUUAAACCACUUCAUGGGUUGGUAUCCUUGUUUGAUAUCUUGUUUUUUUAUAUAGAAAAAGAUAUUUGUUGGAGGGGACUGCUUUGCUUUGACUGCUUUGAAUGUGCUGUAAUUUUAUGGGAAAGCACCUCUAAUACGUAAGACUUAGUGUUUCCUCUUACGUAAAUGUGCGUUUCUGUUCAGAAGUGACUCAUUCCAAAAUAAUCUGUGCCAAAUUGUGGAUAUUACUGUGAUUUAAUGUAAGUCUCUUGUGUUGUUUGGUUCUGUAACACUUUCUUUUUAGCAAGAAAGCAGGAUGUAUAAAAAGAAAUGAUUUCCUUGCUCUUUGGCAGAUUCAGGUCUGUAUUAAGGUAUCUAAGAAGAUGUUUUUAUGAUGAGAUUUACAAAGGAAAUUAAAAGUGUACAUAUUAUAAGACAUUCCUCUGUUUGCUCAAUAAAAUUAAGCAUCAAUAUUAGAUACUAAUGAAGAAAUAUGAAGGAUCUAGGAUAACUUUAAUUUAUGAGGGAUGAAACCUGCUGGCUGGAAGUGAAAGCUGGAAAGUUGAGUAUAUGUUCCAAAUAAAAGCUUUUCUGUAAAUCUUU